CAGCGGCUCUUUGCCUGUCGGAGUUGGCGCGAACGUGUCCACCGCGCACCGCUAGACACAAAGCGCAUCUGUUACGUUUUAUGCGACUAGCUAAUGUUCCAGGUGAACUAGCUAGCUAGACGAAUUCAAGAUUUCUUCUUCUGUAUCCCGUCGAUUCGCUUCAAUGGCCGAUAAAGAAGCAGCCUUUGAUGACGCAGUGGAGGAGCGGGUCAUAAAUGAGGAGUAUAAGAUCUGGAAGAAGAACACCCCCUUCCUCUACGACCUGGUGAUGACCCACGCCCUGGAGUGGCCCAGUCUCACGGCCCAGUGGCUGCCGGAUGUCUCCAGGCCCGAGGGGAAGGAUUUCAGUGUGCACCGCCUGGUUCUGGGGACACAUACGUCAGACGAGCAGAAUCACCUGGUUAUCGCCAGUGUCCAGCUGCCCAAUGACGACGCGCAGUUUGACGCUUCUCAUUAUGACAGCGAGAAAGGCGAGUUUGGAGGUUUUGGAUCCGUUAGUGGAAAGAUUGAAAUUGAGAUCAAGAUAAACCACGAGGGAGAGGUGAACCGGGCCCGCUACAUGCCCCAGAACCCCUGCAUCAUCGCCACCAAGACCCCCACAUCAGACGUGUUGGUGUUUGACUACACCAAGCACCCGUCCAAACCAGACCCCUCGGGGGAGUGCACCCCUGACCUGCGUCUGAGGGGUCAUCAGAAGGAGGGUUACGGCCUGUCAUGGAACCCCAACCUCUCCGGGUGUCUUCUGAGCGCCUCCGAUGACCACACCAUCUGCAUGUGGGACAUCAGCGCCGUGCCGAAGGAGGGGAAGAUCGUGGAUGCCAAGACCAUCUUCACGGGUCACACGGCCGUGGUGGAGGACGUUUCCUGGCAUCUACUCCACGAGUCGCUGUUUGGGUCCGUGGCUGACGACCAGAAACUGAUGAUCUGGGACACUCGCUCCAACAACACGUCCAAGCCCAGCCACGCGGUGGACGCCCACACUGCUGAGGUCAACUGCCUCUCGUUUAACCCCUACAGCGAGUUCAUCCUGGCCACUGGUUCUGCAGACAAGACAGUCGCUCUGUGGGACCUGAGGAACCUCAAGCUGAAGCUCCACUCCUUUGAAUCGCACAAGGAUGAGAUAUUUCAGGUCCAGUGGUCCCCCCAUAACGAGACCAUCCUGGCGUCCAGCGGUACGGACAGAAGACUCAACGUCUGGGACCUCAGUAAAAUCGGAGAAGAGCAGUCGCCGGAGGACGCUGAAGACGGCCCCCCUGAGCUGCUGUUCAUCCAUGGGGGGCACACAGCUAAGAUCUCAGACUUCUCCUGGAACCCCAAUGAACCCUGGGUCAUCUGCUCUGUGUCCGAGGACAACAUCAUGCAAGUCUGGCAGAUGGCUGAGAACAUUUAUAAUGAUGAGGAUCCAGAGGCGGGAACAGACCCGGAAGUCACGGCCUGAGUGAACCAAUCGGGUGAGGCUCCACCCGCCCUCCCAGUCUGCCCCUCUGUGCUCUGAGCAAUGUGGCACAAAGUUAAACAGCCACUUAUUACUGUGUCCCAAUAACGUGUCCUGAAGGUUGCACUUGUUCACUACUUUUCACAAAUCUAAAAGCACUGCUUAGGUGGAGCCCUGGAGUCGUAGGCAUGUCAGUGCGGUUUCUUCUGUCAUUACCUUUUAAAUCCGUGAAGUUAGGAAGUGUAUGGUCAGAUAACUGGGACAAAGCCAGUAAGUACUAUUUCCUUGACUCAAAGCAGAUGAAAGUGUAAUAUGGACAUUCUCUCUCGCUCUGCCUCUUGCUCUCCUCCCUCUCUCUCUCUCGUGGUGUAAAAGAGUAAUUUAUUGUCUUGAAAUCCCUGCUCCUAGAACAAGUUUUGUACUGUAAUAUAAAGAUUAUUUUUUUAAUUCCUCGAUUGGCGUCCCCCACCUACACGGUAUGACAAACUACCACUGUUUUUCUACAAGGGUUCUUUCUAUUGAAUAUUAAUACUUUUAAAAGUAACCUGUCUCUCUGCCCCUCACUUGUGUUGGCUGUGGUUAAAGAUCUGUGUUUUCUUCCUCUGAGAAACCAUCUGUAUCAUUAUUAGACUAUGACCAGCAUUUCCUUUUCAAUUCAUCUUCAUUGAUUGGGCACCCUGUAACCAAAGCCCGGGUAGGAAUUUAAAACAUAUUUUUUGUUGGAAGUAUUUAGCUCUUUAAUGUGAUUUAAUUUUUUGGUGUGUGUGUUUUUUUGUUGCUAUUGUGAUGUCUUUAUGCUGUUUCCUUGUCCUGUACCUUUAUCUUAUAUUAAAUUGUACAGUCAGUGCUUUCUGAAUAAAACAUUUUCCAUUAUUGACA